AUGACGAUUGAACGCAAAGUCAAAGAAGGUGGUCCAUUCACCUGGACGCAAAUCCAGCAAUUUGUAAAAUCAAACCAACUUGAAUCAUUUGCUAGAAGCGAAGAGCAGUUCCACAACUAUCAACAAUUUAAAACCGAUCUAUUGGCAUAUGGUAUUACUUUAAAUGACUAUGUGUUAAAUGAAGAGCUAGAAUGGAAACAAGAUGACAUUCGUUGUCAAACAUCACCAGCAACACCAUCACAAGAAUAUUCAAUAUCACAGCCGCAAGAUCUUAUUCUUUAUAAUGAUGACGAUGUAAAGAUAAUUCCUAACAAGUUUCCUUACUAUUUCGAAGACUCAGUGGUUCAUUUAUGUGUUUGGUCGAAAUUAACCAUACCCAAUGAUGCCGACUCUCCUGUAGGAGAUAUAUCGCCACUCACCAGACGAAUUAUUGAACGAUAUUUGGAAAAGACAUUUAUUGAAAAAGGUGUUCUGGAAGACAAUAUACUUUGGUUUAAAAAUUGGUCGAGUUUGCAAAGUGUCAGGAGUGUAAGCCAUAUUCAUGUGCUUCUACACGAUGUUGACAAUGGGCUUAUUCAGAAACUUCUUGGAACUUCAGGCAAUACAUUGACCUUGGAGGAUUAUAAGGAGCUGCUUGAUGAAUAG